AUGAAUUUUACCAUCACGACUCUUUGGAAUUCAACUCUUAUUGGUGGUGAUAGAUUUGUUCAACUUUCUCUUUCAUCAACGCUUGACAAAAAUCAUCUACUGAUCGAAAUUCAGGCACCAUUUUUUAAUGAUCCUUCUCCAUCGGCGCCAGCUGGUCCAUUCGCAAAUCUGUGGGAUUAUGAAGUUGUUGAACUAUUUUUCUUGUCAUCUUCAACAAAUCAUUACAUUGAACUUGAAUUUUCACCACACGGUCAUUAUCUUGUUCUCCUAUUGACUGAUCGACGCCAAGUGUUAAAGAAUAUGCUAAACAUAACUGAUUAUCGAGUUGAACAUCAAUCACUAGAUCAAUGGUACGGUCAAGCUAGUGUUCCCCGUGCUCAUUUUCCUGCUCACAUUAAUCUUUUCAAUGCGUAUGCUAUUCAUGGUCAAGGUGAAAAACGUAUUUAUGAAGCACUCUAUCCUGCACCAAUGGACAGUGUUAAACCUGAUUUUCAUCGUCUUGAGCUCUUUCAAUCAUUGGCAUUUGAAAACUUAUUAGAUAUCGGUGACAAAGAUGGUGAUAGCUGGCAUAAUCAAGCAUCGUUUGCAGACUCUAGUUGCUAUCUAUUAUUCAUAAUUUUGGUGUCGGCUUUUCUAUUGUAG